UGGGAGAGAGAGAGAGAGAGAGGAAGCAAAAAAGAGAGUGAAAGGCUCCACACGGCAGAAUAUAAAUCUGUAUGUUAACAGGACCAAAGCUGGAGGUCUCGAAGCGGCUUUAGUGGUUAUGCUGGUGGGGGGUAACCAUAAAGCAUCAAGAGGUGGUCUUCUCUAUUAACUAAGGAUCUGUGCAAAUAAGGAAGUGGAACCCGUGGAAGCUGUGAACGCCGGUUGCCAAGCACAGUGGUGGGCUGGUCGGAGGUCUUUGACCCCCCUCAUUUUCAUUUCUGGAAGAAAAGAGAAGAGCAAAAGAGACACGAGAGAAAAAGGAAGGUGGCAGCGAGGGACCAGUGAGCCAUUUCUCUCUUUAUUACCUCCAUUCACAAAACCAUUGCAUCCCAUUAUCACAGCGAUGUAGAGGCAUUCUCUCCGAUUGGAGGAGGAAGGGUCCCAUUGACUGCUGAGGCUUAGCACCUCUCUCCAAACGCUAGCCCUUUUCAUCGCAGUCCCCCCCCCCCCCUUAUCUCUUUGCCUCUGUCCUUACGUCUGCGAUUUUCUCUGUUCUUCUCUCGUUUCUUGUCUCUUGUAUUCUUGUCCCUUUUCACACAACUCAGGAAUCAGGAGGCAUUGCAUUUUGGUAGAAGUGGGUGUUUCUGGAGCUGUCAUUGUGUUUGGUGCCGCUACAAAGGACAGCUGAGCAGGGAGUGAGAGAGACAGCUUUGGAGAUAAUAAAAUAGCAGGCUGAAAGAAAAGGGGGGACCUGGGACUACAGGAACAGCUGACAACCACUGGAAGGUGAAUUGUGAUGAAAGGAAAACUGUUACAGAGACUGACAACCAUUUUAAGGUAGCUAUUUACUGAACCAUUCUUGAGGGAAUAAAGAAGCAGUGUGCCAAACCAACACCACGGUUGGAUUCUGCUAUUGCUGUUGCUAAGCAAAGUCUCUGACCUAAAGUUCUUGGGGAAACAGUGUUGAGCAUCACUCUACAGCCAUGAAAGGAAGCUCAGAGGAAAGCAUUGAAAGCAUCAGGCCCUCGAACCUGCAAGCUUUUGCUAACAUAUCCACCCUACAUGGCAUGAGUCACAUAUUCGCCUAUGGGCACAUGACAUUCCGUCGGUUCCUUUGGACUCUUUCUUUCCUUGGUUCACUAGGCUUAUUGAUGCUGGUCUGCAUGGAUCGAGUGUCAUACUACCUGGAGUACCCUCACGUCACCAAGCUGGACGAGGUAGCGGCGACUAACCUCACCUUCCCAGCUGUCACCUUCUGUAACCUCAAUGAGUUCCGCUUUUCCAAAAUCACCAGAAAUGACCUCUAUCAUGUGGGGGAGCUCCUGGCCCUCCUCAAUAAUAACUAUCAAAUAGCCAACCCACACUUGGCUGAGCCUGAGGUUCUGGCUGCUCUUAAGGAUAAGGCAAACUUCCAGAACUUCAAGCCCAAACUGUUCAACAUGACUGAUUUCUAUAACCGCACAGGUCAUGACAUCAACGACAUGCUACUGCAAUGCACCUUUCGAGGAGAGGAUUGCUACCCAGUGAACUUCACCACAAUCUACACGCGCUAUGGGAAAUGCUACACUUUCAACUCGGGAUUAGACGGCAACCCACUGUUGACCACGUUGAAAGGUGGCACAGGGAACGGCUUGGAGAUCAUGUUGGAUAUUCAGCAAGAUGAAUAUCUGCCUGUUUGGGGAGAGACAGAUGAAACCUCCUACGAAGCAGGCAUCAAGGUUCAGAUCCACAGCCAGGACGAGCCGCCCUUCAUUGACCAACUGGGAUUUGGUGUGGCUCCUGGGUUUCAAACUUUUGUGUCAUGUCAGCAGCAACUGCUUCAGUACCUCCCUCCGCCUUGGGGAGAUUGCAAGUCUACUCCCAUAGACUCUGAAUACUUCUCCACAUACAGUAUCACCGCCUGCCGCAUUGACUGUGAAACUCGGUACCUGCUGGAGAAUUGCAACUGCAGGAUGGUUCACAUGCCGGGAACCUCAACAGUUUGCACACCAGAGCAGUACAAAGACUGUGCUGACCCAGCUUUAGACUUUUUGGUAGAGAAAGACAACGAUUACUGUGUCUGUCAGACCCCCUGCAACAUGACUCGCUAUGGCAAGGAGCUGUCCAUGGUUAAGAUCCCCAGUAAGGCAUCUGCUAAAUAUCUGGCUAAGAAAUUCAACAAAACUGAGCAAUAUAUUGGCGAAAAUAUAUUGGUCUUGGAUAUCUUCUUUGAAGCACUGAAUUAUGAGAAGAUUGAGCAGAAGAAGGCCUAUGAAAUUGCAGGGCUUCUCGGUGACAUUGGAGGUCAGAUGGGGCUGUUUAUUGGAGCCAGUGUUUUAACAAUACUGGAAAUAUUUGACUACCUAUAUGAGGUGUUUAAGGAUAAGGUUUUGGGUUACUUCAUACGCAAGAAACGACCACAGCGUUGUCAGAGCGACAAUCUGGAGUUUCCAGAGAACCCAACCAGCCCUGGUGUCACGCCUAAUCAUGCCCCCAGAGCACCUGUGACACCCUCCGGAGUCACUCGGACAGUCUCGGAUUCACGCCGAACAUGUUACCUCGUCACCCGACUCUAGGCAACUUUGAGGAGUUUGCUUGUUGACAACAUAAAGUAGGGGUGGGGGCGGCACAUCUGGGGACUUGACAGCAAACUGUGAAAUAAUUUAUGUACUUAACAGAAAAAGGUUUGAGUGUAUACUCAAAAAAAGAAUAGUAGAGUUUAUCAAUGCCUGAAUAGAAAUAGAAUACUAUCAUCAGAAAAAAAAAGACCACUUCCAGAACAGAACUCAGGUUUAACUGCCAUGUCAAGGCAUCAGUGUUAAUUAAUUCAUGUUUCAUUUUGUGGAUUUUGUUCUUUUUAUCCAGUCACUUUAGAGUAUACAAUCAGUAAAGAUAAAUGUGUCCCAAAAAAAGGGAUUCUGAACUGUGUUACAAUGAGUUAUGUAGUACUGUUGUGCUAGUUUUGCUGUACAUCAAUCAAAACAAAAAACAAAACAAAAAAAAGACAUGUGGAUUGGUAUGUGUAGCAUUGCAGUUUCUUAUCAGUGUACCAUCUCCAGCAUCUUAACAAUGCUGUUUAGAGUGACCUUAUACCUGUCACCAGUUAGAACAGGAGAGCCUUUCUGAAGUUUGCUCGACUUUGAUGAGCUGAUUGUUGGUCAAAAGAGCUGCUUCUCCGUUGCCUUUUGCUACUAUGAUGCUUUGAAUUGUCUCACUACUUAGACGACUGUGCUUAUUCAAUUUGAAAAUCGAAGAGGAACUUGAUUAUUUGUAUAUAUUUAUGCAAGUAUUUUGUUUUGAUCCCGGGACAACAGAAACUACUGAAUUGGAUGUUUUUGUUAACUUUAGGCACUUUUUACACACAGUAAGGGUAAAAAAGGUGGUUGAUUGUACCUUUAUACCUUUAUAUAGCUGACAUUUCAAUUUUCAUUAAUGUUUCCCAUUUUUUUGGGAUAGUGUUGCUAUGCUGUCACACACAAAAGAAUGCUAGCAUUCAGCUCGCUGAAAAAGUUGGACCUUAAUUCUGUUAAUUAAUCUGAAACAAUCAGGCUUUCCUUUGCCUUUCUUAAUAAUUCUCAGCUAUGUUUCUUCAUUACAGUGUCUUAAAAGUGUUCAUCAGCACAAUCCCCUGUGAUAGUAAUCUAUUCUCUAUUGAACAUAAAGUAUAGUUUAAAAGGCUUGUUGGUGACAUUCCUAAACCUAACAGAAAUUUGUAAAUACCCACAAUCAAAUGCCAUGAAGAAAUUCUAUACUGAUCAUGUGAGACAUUUGUCAAAUAUAAAUAUAGAUAUAUAUAAGUUUUAAAAAAAAGUGUUUCUUCAUUUAUUCUUGCAACAGAAGGAAUUUGGACUUUCUAUCUCGGUGGACCAUAAGUGUCUUUGCGUUACUGGUGAUUAUAACAUGACUGACAAUUGAAUAGUCUUUUAUUAGAUACAGGAAAUUGCCUCAAAACAUCAAACACCAUGCACCUCAGCCCCAUUCUAUUCAGUUGAUUUAUAACGGAAAUGCAUUGUACAAUUUUACCAUUGUAUCCUAUUAUCAUUAUUAUUCCAGAACAUGUAAUAAGUCACAAAUAACAGUUUGUGAUGUAUAAAUGAUCAAGUAUAAUAAACUAUAUAUGUACCCAUCUUACUCACGUACAAAACUUUUCUUCUUAUCUUCGUGUCAGUCUACUUCCUCUCUUCUUAAUGUUCACUAUGUGUUAAUUAAAUCCUUGACACUACAGUUAUGGAUUUGUAGGUACACUUACAUAUCCUCACUAUUAAUACUUUGCUGAAAAUUGAGACAAGAGUCUGCGUUUUUUUUUAAAUGUGAAACUUUCAAGUAUAAUGCCAAUCAAGUAAGUGGUGUUCAUAACACUGUAGCUUUAUUACUCUGUUGUCUGUGUAUUAGAUGACUGUUGAUGUGAAGCACAAACCCUUGGAGAUCAGCCAUCACUUGAAAGCCAAUGACUGGGACGUCUAUGGUUGUGACUACCUUUAAUGGCUCUAGUUUUAACUACACACACUGUUACACAGGGUGUGUGCUCAUUGCUCCAGCAUUAUCAGGAAUAAUUGUGUACUCCAAGAGGAGCAAGAGACCACCUCGAGAAGAGACUUUAUCCAAAUGGAAAUAUACCUUUCAGGACAAAAAAAAGGUGAAUCAGUGGCGUUGUGUUGUGAGCAAUAAAUGCACUGAAUCAGAUACCACUGUUAUCAAAUUGACAUAAAAAUAUAUAUAUUUGAUUUGGGAUUCCCAUUUUCAAUUCAUGGCGUAUUUAACAGCUGGAAUGGAUGUACGGUAGACUGAACAGCUGCCAAUUGCAACAUAGACGUAUAAUAUGACAAUUGUAUAUUAAUCAUCAUCAGCCAAAUGCAUUAAGAGACACAAAUGCCAACUCAUGUUACACAAUGAUGCUAUUCUGAUGAUGCUACAUUGCCAUGAUGAUUUUGAGUGUGUGUGUGUGUGUGUCAUGUUGUCGGGUUAAGCAUAAAAAUGAUCCAGCAAUUACCGCAAACUGUGGAUGUAGGAUUUGUGAAACUGUCCUUGCCUUACUACCAGUCAAAGAACAGCAGAGUGUAUCUGAACAGGCAGAAACUAUAACUGAACUGUUUGUGCUCAUUAAGUAGUCCUCAAUUGAUAUUUAACACAUAGCUAUGGCCAACUAGGUAACAGUACUCUAUAUAUUUCUGUCACCCAACACCUAGAUUUGAACCAUUUGAUUCUUACAGCUAACAAUUUAUGGCACACCGCCCAUUUUCUUCCUUGCAUGACCAUUAUGUAUCCCUAUUAUCUCUGGUCUCUUAAUGUAAUAUUACCCAUGCUAUUCACUUUGUAUUGUCCAAAUGUACUUGGGAGCCAGAUGAAUCAAAAUGCUGUCCUCCGCAUCCUGUGGUACAGUGACUUGGAUCAUUAUAACACAAAAAUCCUCCUCCAACCAGACUUGGGAUUGUGCAAUAGUCAUAAAUGGAAAGAUAAUAUGCAAGUGUAGGAAAACUGCAAUAUCUUUCCAACAAUUUUAAUGUAUUAAAUGAGUAUAUGUGGCUUGAAGUAAAACAAAAAAAUGUGCCUUUAAGACUGGUUCUUACUGGUGACAUCAAGAUUUUCAUGCACACACACAUCUGGGGAACUGCACUUGCUUCAUCUGGCUCUACAUGGUCUGUGUGCAUUUUAUUGUAGAUAUGUGAUUUUAACUCUGAACUGUACAUUAAAUAGUUAAUACUUAA